AUGAAGGCCCUUGAUACGCUCGGCAUGUACAACAGUUUGGGCGUGCCCAAUGUUGCGGGCAUCGAGUCUCUGAUGCGGGAGGCGCAGCUCGUCGAGUACGCGUACUCGAAUCACGACGGCGCCCCGGGAUCGGCCCCCGACCCUGCUGAGGGCGGCAGCGGCCGUGGCAAAGAGGGUCGGGGUCGUGGCCGUGGAGGUGUUGCAGGCGCCUUCGGAUACCUUGACGAGUACAACGCUUUCCGUGGUCAGCGUGGCAACGGCGAGGCGAUGAUGUGUCCCGCCCUCGUCGAGUUGGUCGGGAAGCAGGUUGAGCGCGACGCCAACAUCCUCAAACAGGUCCGCAAAGCCCGCGAAGAGAGGGCUGAUGCGGGCCCGGCCUCAGGCUAG